AUGAAUAUGUUGGAUGAUGAAGAUGACCAAAGCUAUCACGCUACGCGUGACGGCUACUCCCAUUUGAGCGAUAUCGAAUGGGAUGCGGUUGAACGAAUGGGUUCGACCAUGGGCAUCCAUGCUGUUAGCGUCAUGCUAGAGGCUCUCAAUAGAGAUGCCCAACAUGCUACUAUCGCCAAGUUCAUUCAAAAUGAACUUGAAGCUGAACGCGAGAAAGUAGCCUUGCUUCACCAACAAGGUUCUCAACAAGCAGAGUUGUUGAGAGAACAGGGUGCUCAACAAUUUGAACUGUUGAGACAGCAGCAGGCUGCUGCUGGCGGGUCGAUGAACUCGCGUCGACCCGAGACUUUGAAGAUUGACAUCUCAAAGUAUAGGGGAGUCGAAGAAGACUCCCUCUUGAGAUGGUUCGUCGAAUUGGAUGACGCCAUAAGGGCGUGUCGCAUCGACGAUGGGGAAAUGCAAGUUGCAUUUGCCCAGUCAAAUCUGGCAGGACUUGCCAAGACUUGGGCUUUGGGGCUCAAGUUGUACGACCCAUAUGCGUUUGGUUCGUUGGAAGUCUUCAAGUCGCGGCUCAGACAAACAUUUGAACCGCCUAGAGCUGAGUUCAGGGCUCGAACCGAACUCUUAAAGCUCAAACAGGGGUCUUGCGGAUGGUCCCGUCAAGACUCACCUGUUCCGGCUUGA